CAACAACCUAAACGUCGGCAUGGACUAAGACUUGGACAACAGAGAGUUUAAAGCACUAUAUUAAAACAGUUCGUUUAUGGUUACAGACGAGCGUUUGGAUAAAAUGAGAGUCAGCGUGCGUCAGAUCUCCGUCGCUUCGGCUCCCGAGGGCCAGUUCUUCCUCAGGGUGGAGAGGUCACGUGACCUGGGCCAAGGCUUUGUCCUUCAGCUCUGUGAUGGUGUCUCUGCCUGGAGUGGUGAGGUCUCUGAGGAGGAUGUGACGCGUGAGGCGCAGGAGAUGGAGAUGCAGAGGGAGGUGUAUGUUGGGGAGAUCCAGCAGGCUCUGACAGGACCGGGCCUAGACUACAGCUUCCACCUGGACCCUCAGCCGGCCCAGGGGCGUGGCCUGCAGCUGUGUUAUGAGAAGGUGCAGAGAGAUGUGUCGUUCAGGCUUGGAGUGGUGGAACUGCAGCCAGUCCCAGAGCCCACGGAAGUCAUCAGAGAGAUCAUGACCUUUGGCUUGGAACAAAGUGCUGGUCUGCUGGACCAAAACAAAGCCUUGAAGGAGGAGAACCAGCGUCUGAGGAAUGAGCACCAUCGUAUCAGAGCAGAGAUGGAGAGAUAUGUGGAGGGGAAGGAGAACCUAGAGCAGGAGCUGUACAGUCGCUUUGUCCUGGUCCUAAACGAGAAGAAGGCCAAGAUUCGAUCUCUGCAGGACACCGUCAGACAGCUCCAGGACUCCAUAGAGGAAGAAAGGAACAGGAGGAAGGAGCAGACAGAGAGGACAGAAAGCCGGGGAGGUGGAGCUCCAGACAGGGAGAGCGACUAUGGAGGCACGACGGAUGAGGAGCAGGAGGACGACACUCCAGCUGCAGCCUCCAGACCUCCCACACAAGAGAGGGCUGACAUCAGCCCUGUGGAAGACAGCCUAAGUGACCUCACGGAUGUGGCACCCUGUCGUAAACGCCGGCAUCGUCACCUCCAGAAGCUGGAGACUGAGGCCAAGAGAGCAUCCCUGGAGCAGCGACACAAAUCAAGGCAGGAGCCGACAGAAGCCAGAGGCAAGGCCCGUGGACCUGUCGCCCAGCGGUCCACCCCGGAACUGACAGCCAGUGCUGACCCAGACGACCUGUUUGACGACAUUUGACCCCCUCAUGCAGAAUUAUUUCACUGGAUGAUAUCAUGUUUAUAAAGACUUUAAUUCUGAAAAUUAAUUCAUGGUGAUAU